UCUCUCCUGUACAAACUCAAGGGAAAGUGUUAGAUGAUAAUUUCACACAGUCUUUGAUUCAACUUACAUCUCAGGACUUUUGGUGCCACCGUCGUGUUCCUGCAGCGAUGAUCUUCACAGCAGAGCAGGUCACUUGUAUGUGUGAGGUCCUGCUGCAGAGCGGCUGCAUGGACCGUCUCGCCAGCUUCCUCCACACUCUUCCUCCUCCUUCCUCCUCCUCUUCGAGCCCUGGGGAACUGGAGAGUGUGCUCAAAGCAAAAGCUGCAGUGGCCUUUCACCAGGGGCGCUUCUUGGACCUCUACAGCCUGCUGGAGGGCUUCCCCUUCUCCCCACGCAGCCACCCGCUCCUCCAGCAACUGUGGCUGCAAGCUCACUACAUGGAGGCCGAGAGGCAGAGGGGCCGACCUCUGGGAGCCGUGGGGAAGUACCGCGUAAGGAGAAAGUUUCCUCUACCACACACCAUCUGGGAUGGAGAGGAGACCAGCUACUGCUUCAAAGAGAAAUCUCGGACUAUCCUCAGAGAGUGGUACCACCGUAAGCCGUACCCGUCCACCCGGGAGAAGAGGGAGCUCGCCGCGGCCACCGGCCUCACAGCCACGCAGGUCAGCAACUGGUUCAAGAACCGCCGGCAGAGGGACCGAGCCACGGACGGUACCGGGUCAGAAGCCUACCGUUCCUCUGACACCGACCUUUCACCUCCAGGCAGCCCAACUCCUCCACCGCUCUUCCAUCCACCACCACCCCUGCAUCACACAUGUGGAGGCCUUUUAAAUAUCUAA